AAAUGCAGCGUGCCCAUCAUUUAUCACUUUGUCAGCGUUAGCAUUGCGUUCCGGCACAAGGACUUUGUGGCUGUUAGCAGCUUUAAAUGGCCGACAGACACAAAUAAACAUAUUAAUAUUUUAAUCGUGUAUACCCGAAACUGAAACGUUAUUUCUUUCAUCGGUUCCGUUCGUCGAUGACCGCUGACGUACUUGUAACUUACCUAACGUGGCUAAUGCCAUAGCGGCUAGCCGCUCUCCUGUCAGAGGAGUGAGCAGAGUUUGUCCAUGUGGUUCAAGUUAGAUUUGACAGUUAUGUUUGUUUUCAUACAAUGAUAUUAAACUUAAUAUUAAAAGUACUAUAGGUGUACUCGUAGUUACAUAAGGCAGAAUGAGGGCUUAUUUUGGUGCUAGAACACAGCAGCUUAUCAGUAGAGUCUUCAUUCAUCCUGUCGGUCCAUCGGCAGCAGUGCGAUGGCGAGGAGCUCAGAGCAGACUCCUCUGCAGCCCAUCGACAGAUGAGAAGCCUCAGCCCUCCAUGCUGAGGCACCUGACCUCCAAAAUAAAGUCCACAGGUCCCAUUACAGUGGCCGAGUACAUGAGAGAGGUGCUCACCAACCCUGUGACGGGUUAUUAUGUGAGGAACAACAUGCUGGGACCUGAAGGGGAUUUCAUCACGUCACCAGAAAUCAGUCAGAUUUUCGGAGAGCUGGUCGGUGUGUGGAUCCUCAGUGAGUGGAUGGGAGCAGGUCAGCCCAAACAGCUGCAGCUGGUCGAGCUCGGCCCGGGAAAAGGAUCUCUGGCCAGCGACGUCCUCAGAGUGUUGGGUCAGUUGCGGUCGGUGCUCGGCGGGGCCUCGGUGUCUCUCCACCUGGUCGAGGUGAGUCCGGCGCUGAGUCGCCUUCAGGCCCAGAAUCUGACGGGGGACAGCAGCCGGGAGGCCGACGCCGAGGACGAACCGGUUUACCGCAGCGGGGAAACUGCCGCGGGGCUGCCGGUGUCCUGGUACCGCCGCUUAGACGACGUCCCCGCAGGGUUCAGCAUCUUUGUCGCUCAUGAAUUCUUUGACGCUCUGCCGAUCCACAAGUUUCAGCGGACAGAGAAAGGCUGGCGGGAGGUGAUGGUGGACAUCGACCCAGACAAAGAGGGCCAGCUGAGAUUUGUCGUGGCGCCGUCUCCCACCCUGUCCUCGUCCACGCUCGUACAGGCAGAUGAGAGCCGGAGUCACGUGGAGGUGUGUGCAGAGGGCGGCGUCAUCGUUCAGCAGCUGGCCCGGCGGAUCGUCGAGGACGGCGGCGCGGCGCUGAUCGCCGACUACGGACACGACGGAACCAAGACGGACACAUUCAGAGGCUUUAAGGGUCACCAGCUCCAUGACGUCUUGUCCUCCCCCGGCUCGGCCGACCUCACCGCCGACGUGGACUUCAGCUACCUGCGGAGGAUGGCCGGAGGUGACGUGGCCUGUCUGGGCCCCGUCACCCAGGGGACGUUCCUGAAAAACAUGGGCAUCGACUCCAGGAUGCAGGUUCUGCUCAGGAACUGCAGCGACCCGUCCACCAGGAAGCAGCUGAUCAGCAGCUACGACAUGCUGACCAACCCCAGCAAGAUGGGCGAGCGCUUCCACUUCUUCAGCCUGCUGCACCGCAGCCGGCUGGCCAAACCCAAGAAGCUAGAGGGGCUGACGCUGGAGAAGAGGAGCCCGGCGCCGCUGCCUGUGGCCGGAUUUACCAAGCUCAAGUUCUCCUGAUGGGCUGAAACGAACUCCGAACCUCAUUUAGCAUUUCGGUAAAAGACUGGAAAUGUAUCUGAACUCUUGACAAAUAUUAUGGGAUAUCUCCGAAAGGCCAUGUUCACGAGAAGGUGAGCAAGAGAAGAUAAGAGAUGUGCUAUACUGUACUAGGUUUUUAUGCCGAACAUUAAGUGCAAUAAAAAGUCAGUUUCUCUUGAACUCUCUUGAGCGAAAAAAAUCUGAUAAUCCAAAUGGCAACAAAAUUCUCCAUAAUGAAGCUGUCGGUCAUGAGAUGCUGAGCCACGGGAGAAACCUGUGACGCUGCUAAAAGGUCAGAGGUCGUCCCCGUCAGGACGAACUCUUCCCCGUCGGCCUCCGUCCACAUCUUGAAGCAGUUAGCUGAGCUCACAGUUGUGCAGCGGCCACUCACAGCGGGCUGCCCGCUACUCCGGUAGCAAUUAAAAGAUUCAGUUACACGUGUGUGGGGGGGGGUCACCGCUGCCAAAACAAGCGCCCGUCCUCCAGAGCGGCGCAGCGAGGCGAUCGUGUUCAGGAUUGGUAAUUAAAUGAUCGUUUCCAAACAUCCUGCUGCCGAUCGUUAUCAGCCCUCCCUCUGAUUCAGGUUUAAUGAGUCUGACACGAACGUUUGGAACAAAGGAGGAUUUUAAUGAACUCCUCCAAAAGAUGGUUAGAAGGUUUGUCACCUUGAAGCUGCCACCAGAUUGGUUCAAACUUUAUUUCCUUUUAAAUGCGACUGUAGCGUGGGGUUGGACACCAUUUCAGCAAAAGCUAUCAGUUUGUUACUUGGUUAUUUAAAAAAAAAAAAAAAAUUACAUUCCAAAAACUAGUGGCAAGUUAACUGUUAAAUCCUGGUGUAGCCAAAUGAAGUCCAUUCACUGUGUUUAAUAUCCAACAGACAAAUGGAUUUCAUUUGUCUGUUGGAUAUUAAACAUAGUGAAUUAUUAACUACUCACCAAAAGACUCUGCAGGAUAAACAAAGAACCUGAAACCGAACAAGAGUAUCAAGAUUUUUCAGACUUCAGAGCAAACAAGUUGCAAAAACAAUGUUUGUUUACUUAAUCAUCAACUUUAGAUGAUAGUUAAAAGCAUUAACAUUUACCCCCAAACUGUACUCUGUAGGUGAAAA